GCGAAAACGAAACUAGAGAUAAUGUUGAUCUUUAUUUCGUAUAGAAAUGAUAUUUAGAGUAUAAAAUAACCGACACACCACUUUUUGUAAAAUAUUUUAGAAAUUACAAAUUUGAUAAAAAGUUAAAAGCUGUGUUCGGAUUUCAAAAAGUUAAAUUAAGUUAACUGUUUGAUUGAAUGUUAUGAUUCACAUGUGAAUGAGGUUAUCGAUAUCAUUUGAUUUAUAAACUAUUUAUUGAUAUAGUUUAACAUACUCUUUUUGUUAAAACAGUUUAACACAUGCUGGUAUUAUCUUAAAAUGGAGGUAACAGGAAGGAAAUUAGAAUCUGAAGAUAAAUCUGUUUUGUUUUGUGAACCAUGUGAGGUCGAAAAUUCGAAAACAUCAGCAAAUGGGGCGUGCCGGGAAUGCAAGGAAUAUAUGUGUGCCACGUGCUUCCGACAUCAUUUAAAGAGCAAACAAUGUAGAAAUCAUGUGUUGCUUUCCCUUGAAGAGUUUUCGUCACUUACGCUAGAUUGUGGAUCAGAAUAUGUCAUUAAAUGUAAGAAACACGACGAUGAAAUCAUUAAAUUUUAUUGUCGUUCACAUGAUGUCACUGGAUGUGGAGACUGUAUAGUUUUAGAACAUACAUCAUGUAAACCGGAAUAUAUCAAGGACUUGGCGAAGCCAUUCACAGACGGAGAUGUAUACAAAUCAAUUGUAAAACGAGUUGAAGAUCUCGGAAAGAAGAAAUCCGAUUGCGAACAAGAUAUUGAAAAAGGUAAGGAAAAAAUUGGAAAGAUGAAUGAAAAGGCACUUAAAGAAAUCCGUGAAUUUAGAAAAGAAAUUAAUACAUGUUUGGAUGAAGCAGAGGCAAAUCUCUUAUCAGAAAUGAAGAAAAUGACAAUGGAAAACACGGGGCAGCUGGAAAAGAUUGAAAAAGGUUUACAGUCAUUAACUUCUGAGCUUCAGACGAUGACACAGAUGCUCAACACACAACUCCAUCAUGGAAAUGCAUUAUUUAUCAACGCAGUUAAUUGUAAGUCUAAACUUACCGACAUGGAAACGAUGUACGAAAACAUAACAAAAGAAAAGGCCUUGAAAGAGUUUGAAUUUGUCCGAAUCAAACUUAUGUCAGAGUUGUUGAAAGCUGCUGAACCGUUAGGAAGUCUGAAGUUUAUUAAACGUUUUACAAAAAGUGAGUUUGUGGUUGGUUCUCGUGUACGCCGUGGUCCGGACUGGAAGUACGUGUAUGGAAAUCAGGACGGCGGGCGACAAGGCACAAUGAUAGGAUUUGGUAUGGGCGGUUCGGCAAGAGUGAAAUGGGAUAAUGGACAUACAUUUUCUUACCGUAUUGGACAACAAGACUCAUACGAAAUUGAAAUCAUUUAGUUACUUUAUCCGAAAAUAAAAUAACAACAACUAACAAACAAACCAAACAAAAACAGUAAAUUAUUUGAAAAAACGCAGUUAUAUAUUAUUAUAUUAAAACCGGUAUUAUCUUAUAAUAUUUUGUCUUAACAGUAUUUUAUAAUAUACAAAUAUAAUAACAAAUAACUUCUACAAAGCUGUCAUCUUCCUCAACCGCGAUGUUUAAGUAUUCUCAAGGCUUAUGAAAGCAUGCUGGCUUGAAUACUUAUUUGUAAGACAACAUAUUUGCGUUUUAUCGCUGUAUUUUAUUUUAUCAGUACAUUUUAGAUCAAUGUUUUUAUAAUAUACCACAAUAAAAUGAGUAUCAUUCAUCCAACUUGUAAUGACAUAAAAACAUAUUUAGAUAGACACCUAAGAUAUAUAUUAUUUCAUAUGGUAAUGUGGAAAGAGACAUGUCAUUGUUAGUUGUGACUUCCAAAACUUUAGAAGCCGCUUUUUAAUAUUUUUGUUUUUCAUCUGAUGCGGCAUUAAAGUUUUGGAUUAGACCCGUUACGAAACCUAACCAGAAUAACAUACGUUGAUUUCACCUUAUUUUUCAUUAGAAAGUACCAAUAUCUCAAUUUAUUCUUGUGCAGUUUGCGAUAAAACAAUUAAUUUCAAUUUAAUAUCGUUCUAUACCAUUUAAAGUAUCAAAAUAUUAAUACCGUCAUUAAAAUUGCCUAUUUAACUGUGAAGCAUCAAUUACGCCAACUACAGUCGACCAUGAUAUUUAGGAGCUACGCUAGACCUCUUAUGACGUAAUUAGCGGAAACGAUUAGAGUUGAGCCAUGCAUGCACUAUAUUUAGAAAUAUCUUUGUUCUAAAUGAUUUUAAUACUUAUAAUUCAAGAUAAUGUUUUUAUUUGUUUUCUUUAAUUUUUUAGUACUUAAAUAAAAUUAUAUUGGAUACAAAGGAUUAUUUAACAAUUUUAAUCAGUGAAACGUUACAGAUAGAGUUGGCGGACAGACAUCUGUAGGAUAUCAUCGUUAAUUUGUAAUUGCAAUUUGUUGAAAACCAUGCAAAGAAUAUUCUGGAUACAGAAGGAUCAGAUUUCACAGAUCAUAACCUUAUAAAUGGGUUAGUGUUUUGUUUUCUUAAUAAAACACAGCUUAUUGUUAGUUUAUGACUGGUAGAUAUCAUCACUUGCUUAAAGAAUAAAAGAAAAGCAGCUUUUCAAGUACAGUAGGUCUACAGCUUGCAAGGUAAGGACAGUUUAUAGUUAUUGUGACUCUUGCUUUAUUUUUGUUACAGUUAUAUUUUAGUUUACAUAUUCAGAUCAUCAAAGUAUUUGUUCGGAGUAUUCAAAUAAAUAACACAU